CUCGCGGCAGCUGUGGUCAAAACAGACACGGCGCAGCAGACUCUGGCGGUACACCUGCUGCAGGUCCGUGCGGGGAGUGUAGCGUGUCAGUGUGCGUCACACCUGCGCCGAGGCAGCGGCUGGAGUCUCCAGAGGCCGCUGAAGACGAGCGAGUCAUGGACGACGACGAACACCACCCGGAGCUGGAGAACAUGGCGCGCUUGGGUGUGCCGGGCGAGGAGCCACGCCGGCGGCGCAGCAGCAGCCCGCGCCUGCUGGACCGCGUGCAGCUGUUCGACCGCGUGGCACAGGAGCACGCCGAGUCGCAGGCCACCAACCCCUUCUCCGACCACUUCCAGGGCCGCGUCUCGCCUCGGCCCGACGACCCCGACUACGGCAAGCCGAAGGCUGGGUCCAAGACGGAGCUGCGAGGCAAGAAGGCGUCAUCGCAGGUGCACAAGGAGAUGCUGGAGCUGUGCACCAUCAUCAGCGAGCACGGCGAGCCGCUGGAGGGCGGCGGCGCCGUCAUCUUGUUCGGCGAGCUCUUCCAGAUCUACACCUACAUCUCUAACAAGGUGGUCGGACUGCUGCUGAGAGCGCGGAAGCAGAAACUGGUCGACUUUGAAGGCGAGACGCUGUUUCAGAGGAGGGAUGACGACGUGCCAAUAGUGUUGCUGAUGCCCCUGGAGCAGGUGCGAGAACACUUCCUCAAGCAGGACGGCGAGUAGGCAGCAGAGGCUCUGCUGACACCACCACCCGUCGAUGCCAUGCCACAAUGAGGCGGCCAUCCUGAUCCGAGAAGAUUUUAUAAAAUGUCUCCCUCCACUUGAUAGACCUGGGCACUAUGGCCAUAAAAUCUUUCUGGGACAGUGUGAGCCGGCACAAACCACAUACUGGGGAAACACUUCACAGCAGAAGGCUGUAUGUAACUUGUCUAGCAUGAGAUUAUAUAUAUAUAUAUAUAUAUAUAUAUAUUAUAUAUAUAUAUAUAUAUAUAUAUAUAUAGAGAGAGAGAGAGAGAGAGAGAGAGAGAGAGAGAAUCUCAUGCUAGAAAAGUGACAUACAGCAUUAUGCUGUGAAGUGUUUCCCCAGUAAGUGGCUUGUGCUGGCUCAUAUAUAUAUUCUCCUCUUCCCUACCAUUUCCAGGGUUUUGCAGAUUUUGUUUCACUAUGUAACAGUGUGGAUGGAUGCUCUUUCAGGUGCCAGUCACCUAGAUCACCAAAGGAAGUCGUGUGUAGUGAAACUCUGAAUGGUGUGAACUUCAUUCUGUUUCUUAUACUAAUUUAAAUGUUUGUGUAUCAGAUUGGCUGAGGUGGAAGUUGGAGACCACCUCAGCUUUUGCCUAAAUGAGCGUAUAUAUAUAUAUAUAUAUAUAUAUAUAUAUAUAUGGUCAUCAAACAGUCAGUAUAAAUUUGAAAACUGAAUAAAUCACGGAAUAAUGUAGGUAGAGAGGUACAAAUUCACACACAUGCUUGGAAUGGCAUGGGGUUUUAUUAGAACCAAAAAAAUGCAAAAGUUCAAAAAAUGUCUUACAGAUGGCGCUUCAUCUGAUCAGAAUAGCAAUAAUUAGCAUAACAAAGUAAGACAAAGCAAAGAUGAUAUUUUUUAAAGGAAAUUCUCAAUAUCUGUUGGACAUUUUGUGAAUGUUGUUUUUUUUGUUCUAAUAAAACACCAUGUCAUUCUAAGCAUGGGUGCCAAUUUUUACCUCUCUAUCUACAUUCUUCUGUGGUUUAUUACGUUUGAAAUUUAUACUAACUUUUUGAUCACCUGGUAUAUAUGUAUAUGUGUGUGUGUGUGUGUGUGUGUGAAGUUAAAAGUAGGCAGUAUAAUGCUGUAUAUCAUCCCCUUAUUUCUUGUACCCUUUUCAUUUUAUUUAUUAACGUUCAUUUCAUCAUAAAGGCCUGCAUAAUAUGGAAUUGUUAUGUAUGUGGAUGGAGUGAGAGUCAUAGAGAUAAGAGACAGAGAGUUUAUACUCAUAGUCUGUAGCUGCAAAUAUUUAUAAGAAUGCAAACAUUUUCCUGAAUCUUUAUACAUUACAGAUACAAUAAAUACAAUUUUUCUCA